GCUUCAAUAAUAAUGGACUGCAUAUCAAACAAUACGCAACACCCUCCUUGGGUAAACAUGAAAUCCUUUAUUUUCAGCUUCCUCUUGCUUUCAACUACUCUCUCUUUGCUUCCCUUUGUGGUCUUUUCAUCAUCUUUCACUUCCACUAAUCCCAUUGUCCUUCCCACCACUACUGCUGAUGGCAAGGGUUUCCCUAUCCCUGUACUCCCCGAAGUGCUAGACAUAGAUGGCGAACCGCUCCAGAUCGGCGAAAAGUACCACAUUAUCUCCGCUAUCUGGGGAA